CAGAAGAAGCAAAUAGCUUCUCAUCUGCAGUUCCCAAUGCGGAUUUUUCCUUCCUGCAGAGGAGCACUUUUGUGCUUCUGGGUGAUCUUGCUUUUUGCAGUUAGUUUCUGCUAUGGUAGUGAUAAGACACUACUCGAGGUAGUUGGGAUUGGAGAAUGUGCAGACUGUGAGCAGAGUAACAUUAAGGCUAGCCAUGCCUUCUCAGGGCUUCGUGUGACAAUUGACUGCAAGCCAGAAAAUGGACACUUCAAGACAAGAGCAGCAGGGGAGUUGGAUGAAGAAGGAAAGUUUAAAGUGUCUCUUCCUCAGGAGCUCGUGGUAGAUGGAAAACUGAAGGAAGAAUGCUAUGCGCAGCUCCACAGUGCAUCAGCUGCACCAUGCCCUGCCCAUGAUGGCCUACAAUCCUCCAAAGUAAUAUUCAAGUCUAAGGCCAAUGGGAAACACACCUUUGGGCUGGCUGGUAAACUCAAGUUCUCCCCUGUGACGUGCACUUCAGCCUUCUUUUGGCCUUACCACAAGCACCCACCACUACCCAAAUGGCCACCUUUGCCUAAGUUGCCACCCUUCCAUAAAUCUCUUCCUAAGUUCCCGCUUCCACCAUUCCCCUUUCCUCCUAAGGUCUUUCCCCCACUACAUCCAAAGAUCUUUCCUCCCAUAUAUAAGAAGCCUUUUCCACCACUUCCACCAAAGGUAUUCCCUCCUAUAUAUAAGAAGCCUCUCCCUCCACCAACGCCUAUUUAUGAGAAGCCACUUCCUCCACCAACACCUGUAUAUGAAAAGCCUCUCCCUCCACCGACGCCUAUCUACAAGAAGCCACUUCCUCCACCAACACCUGUAUAUGAGAAGCCACUUCCUCCACCGGUGCCUAUCUAUAAGAAACCACUUCCUCCACCGGUGCCUAUCUAUAAGAAGCCACUUCCUCCACCACCAUCGCCUACCCGUAAUAAAACACCUAUCUAUAAGAAGCCACUUCCUCCACCAGUACCUAUCUAUAAGAAACCAUGUCCUCCACCGGUGCCUAUAUAUAAGAAGCCACUUCCUCCACCAGUGCCUAUCUAUAAGAAACCACUUCCUCCUCCAGUCCAGUUUAUAAAAAACCACUUCCUCCACCCAGUGCCUAUCUAUAAGAAACCACCUCCUCCUCCAGUUCCAGUUUAUAAAAAACCACUUCCCCCACCCGUACCUAUCUAUAAGAAGCCACUUCCCCCACCAACUCCAGUUUAUAAAAAACCACUUCCUCCACCGGUUCCAAUAUUCAAGAAGCCAUGUCCACCUCUUCCUCCCGUUCCAAUCUAUAAGCCAAAACCACCAAUAUACCACAAACCUCUUCCUCCAAUUCCAAAGAUCCCACCAUUUCAUAAGAAGCCACUUCCACCUCUUCCUCCAAUCCCAAAGAUCCCUCCAUUUCAUAAGAAACCACUUCCACCUCUUCCUCCAAUCCCAAAGAUCCCUCCAUUUCAUAAGAAGCCACUUCCACCUCUUCCUCCAAUCCCAAAGAUCCCUCCAUUUCAUAAGAAGCCACUUCCACCUCUUCCUCCAAUCCCAAAGAUCCCUCCAUUUCAUAAGAAGCCACUUCCACCUCUUCCUCCAUUUCCACAUCUUCCUCCAUUUCAUAAGAAGCCACUUCCUCCUCUUCCUCCAUUUCCACAUCUUCCUCCAUUUCAUAAGAAGCCAUUUCCACCUCUUCCUCCAUUUCAUAAGAAACCAUUUCCACCUCUUCCUAAGGUACCUCAUAAGUAUUUCCACCAUCCCAAGUUUGGAAAAUGGCCUUCCUUGCCACAUUUCCCUCCUCCUGCUUAGGUACUGCAGUAUUUAUUCCAGAUGCAAGUGUAAAGUGUAAACAAUGUCGUUUAAUGUGCUGAUCAAGGUUGGUGUGGAAUGUUAUUAACGGCAAUAAAGCCUUCAAUGAAGAGAGAUUACGCAAAUGAAAAGGCAUCCAGAGAGGUGGUGGUUUGGUGGGGGAAGCAAGCAUUGUUUAUUACUUUGUUCACGUUAGAUGUGUGUGAUUGUGUGAUUUUUUCUUGCUACGUACGAACUUCUACAGAUGUACUCAAAUGCAUUUGACUUCUGUAAUAAUGGUACCUUUUGUCUUGUAAUUUAUAUAUAUAUAUAUAUAUAUAUAUAUAUAUAGUAGCUUUUACUAGCUACUUCAUUUAUUCUCAAUCAAAACAAGUUCAGAUGCCAAAGUACUGUUCAAAAACGACUCCUUGUACUUCAUACGUGCUUGUACUGAUGUAUAUAUGCAUGUGCGUCAAGCUCAUGCUUUGCUGUC